AAAUGCAGCAUCACUCUAUUCCCGCUGUCUCUCUCCCUCCAUUUCCGCUUCUUUCUUCUUCUCUCUCCAAAUUUAUCUACACUCUAUACGCAUAUUGGAAGAAGGUGCAGUAGAUUAUAUAGAAUCUCAUCUUGGGAAAAUCUAAUACAAAUAUUUCAAUGUUCUCUUCAUCAUGUACAAUUACGCUGUUGCCGUGUGUAUUUUUACGUCAAAAUCAACCAAUUUGCACAGUUGAUGCUCAUACAUCGUUGAAUAUUGCCAAUGGCAAAAGGCAUUCUUGGAAAGUAAAAGGCUGCAGCAGUGUUAGCAGCAUUGAUGGCCUAAGUUUCUCAUUAUCUGAGGAUUUGGAUGGUGACAGUAAUGUGAAAUUGGAUGAUACCAACCCCAGUAAUCGACACAUAAACUCAAUUACGAUAGGCCGUUGGGUUCAGUCUUGUUCCAAUGUACGCGAGGUUAAGAAACUACAUGCUGUUGUUAGUAGGAGGAUGAGAGAUCCAGUAGCUUAUGUUAAUAAUAACUUAAUCAGUAUGUAUGCUAGAUUUGGGGAGCUUGUGGCUGCUCGUCGGGUAUUUGAUAAUAUGUUGGAUAGAAAUGUUGUGUCUUGGACUGCAAUGCUGAAUGGCUACCAGAGACAUGGUUUAGGUGAUGAAGCGUUGAGGUUGUUCCUUGAGUUUGUUAACUCUGGUCUAUACGGGAAUGCGCAGACAUACGUCUGUGUACUGAAUCUGUGUGGCAGGACGUUUAACUAUGAGCUUGGAAGACAGUUGCAUGCUUCCGCAGUAAAGAAUCAAGUAAGUAAUUACAUCUUAGAUUGUACUAUUUUGCAUUUUUAUGCUCAGUGUGGUGAUUUGGGUAGCUCUUUUGAAGUCUUUGACCGGAUGCAAAAUCGGGAUUUGGUUGCUUGGACGACAAUGAUCACAGCUUGUUCACAGCAUGGGCGGGGACAGGAGGCUUUUGCAUUGUUGUCACAGAUGUUAUCUGAGGGACUUGACCUUAAUGAAUUCACUGUCUGUAGUGUAUUGAAUGCUUGUGGUGAAGAGAAAGAGCUCAGAUUUGGUGAACAGUUACAUGCUACUGUCGUUAAGAAGGCGUAUGAUAUUGAUGUUUACGUGGGGACGGUGUUGGUGGAUUUGUAUGCAAAGUGUGGGAAGAUUGAGGAGUCGAAGUCUAUUUUUGAUGGAAUGAAAAGGAGAAACGCUGUCACUUGGAAUUCUAUUAUAGCUGGAUAUGCUCGUAAUAACCUUGGUGACGAUGCCAUAAGACUCUUCCGUAUAAUGAAAAGAUUAAGGGUGCCUACUGACAACUCGACCAUGGUCAGCAUCCUUAGAGCUUGUGGCUUACUCAAGGCUUUAUCGACAGGUAAAGAAGUACAUGCGCAGAUUUUCAAGAAUUUCGAACCUAGCAAUAUCUUCAUAGGGAGUGCACUUGUAUGGCUGUAUUGUAAAUGUGGGGAUUACGCCUCUGCGGCCAAGGUUCUUCAAAACCUCCCAGAUAAAGAUGUGGUUUCGUGGACUGCGAUGAUUUCUGGCUGUGCUCGCCUAGGUCACGAGCAUGAAGCCCUCGAGUACUUAAAGGAGAUGCUGGGUGAAGGUGUGGAACCCAACCCGUUCACGUAUUCUUCAGUGCUGAAAGCUUGUGCGAAUCUGGAAAGCGUAAGGCAGGGGGAGCUCAUUCACUCAUCCCUAAACAAGACGCCUUCAUUGUCCAACGUGUUUGUUGGGAGUGCUCUGGUUCAUAUGUACUCGAAAUGUGGACAUCUUUCUGAGGCGGCUCAAGUCUUCGACAGCAUGCCUGAGAGGAACUUGGUCUCGUGGAAGGCGAUGAUCGUAGCUUACGCGAAAAACGGGCGCUGUGGAGAGGCUAUGAAGCUCAUGUAUCGAAUGCAAGACGAGUGCAUUGAGGUAGAUGACUACAUCCUCUCCACUGUUCUUACAUGCUGUGGUAAGUGGGAGAAAGGGGAGUCGUUGCCUUCGGAAAACUGUCUGCAGCCUUAAAAAUCUUACAAGAUUUUAAGUAAAGUUUUAGCAUCAUGGAUUUGAAGGGUGGGUGGUCAAGAAUGCAACAUCUGUAGCUCGAGAUUUUCGGCUUAGCACGGUUAGGCUUUUCAUGUCGUGAUCGAAGUUGAGGGAUGAAGAUGAAGAAGUUGCCUUCUGUUUGGAUGAAUUCCUGUUGAAUGAUGUUUGUCUAUAAAUGUGAAUAUGGGUUUUAUUUGGCAAAAUUUGAUGCAAAAGUAUAAAUCUUGCUGGAUUCUUGUGUUACAAAUGUUU